AUCCAGGAGAUUGACACUUCUCCGAGCACUACCCCACUAGCCUAAACCCAUUACACUUUAGGCCCCGUAAUACAAAACGGGGGCCCUCAGAAAGAACGACAAGAGAAGGAGUAGAGAGGGAGAGAGAGACUGACGGAGAUGGCCUCGGUGGUGAGGAACGCGUUGAAGGCGAUCAAGGAAAAAGGCAUCGGAAACUUUGUGCGAGAGCUCAGGGAAGGAGGCUACCUGAAGUGUCUCGCUGAUGGAAAUCUUCUGCAAACCAAGAUUCACAAUAUAGGUGCAAGGCUUGUGGGUGUUGAUAAAAUUGGAAAUAAGUACUAUGAGAAACUUGGAGACACCCAAUAUGGAAGACACAGAUGGGUGGAAUAUGCAGUAAAGGAUCGCUACAAUGCUUCUCAGGUCCCACCGGAAUGGCAUGGUUGGCUUCACUAUAUAACUGAUCACACAGGAGAUGAGCUGCUGAUGCUGAAACCGUCAAGGUAUGGGCUUGAACACAAAGAGAACUUUUCUGGAGAGGGGGAUGAGUACAUCUAUCACUCCAAGGGACACAGCCUCAACCCAGGGCAGAGAGACUGGACCAGGUAUCAAUCCUGGCAACCCACCAAGACCUAACUUCUCCUUGUUCAGAACAAGCUCCAACGCAAGGUGGAGAAUUUUUUUUCCAUGUUUUGGCUCCGGCGCCCUUCAAUAAAUAUCUCCACUACUCUUUCUGAAGCGGUGGAGUACUGAAAUUGUUCACUUCUGAUAACAUUGAACCCAGGGAUGUGUGUAUCAAACAUGGUUCUUCAUCCUGGACAUGCGAAACUCGACUUUGUGUUGGAUGUACCGUUUCUUAAGCCUCUCAUUAUAUGCACUGCUGUAUUAUGUGUGAAUUGGUUUGAUGUUGGAGCAAAAGGUUGCAAUGGGAAUGGUGACAAAACGUCUAGGGUGAUAUGGAGGACUCAUGCGGACAAUGGUAAUCUUGAUUGAAAAUGGGAAAUCACAAUUCG